CGGUGCUUCUGCCAGAGCCGUUUCCUGCCCGGGACGCAGUGGCCAGGGCGGGAGCGGAGCGGAGCCGAGCGGAGCCAUGGCUCACCAGACCGGCAUCCACGCCACCCCAGAGUUAAAGGACUUUUUUGCCAAGGCCCGGAAUGGCUCGGUUCGUCUCAUCAAAGUCGUCAUUGAGGAUGAGCAGCUAGUGCUGGGAGCCUACAAAGAACUGUCUCGCCAUUGGGAUAAAGACUAUGACUCCUUCGUGCUGCCGCUGCUGGAUGAACAACAGCCAUGUUAUAUCCUCUACCGGCUGGAUACCCAGAAUGCACAGGGCUUUGAGUGGCUCUUCAUCUCCUGGUCCCCUGACAGUUCUCCUGUUAGGCUGAAGAUGCUGUAUGCAGCGACCCGAGCAACAGUGAAAAAAGAAUUUGGAGGAGGACACAUAAAAGAUGAGCUGUUUGGAACAGUUAAGGAAGACAUCUCACUAAGCGGCUACCAGAAGCAUGUGUCGGCCUGCUCUGCCCCAGCCCCGCUGACUGCAGCUGAACAGGAGCUCCAGCAAAUCCGCAUCAAUGAGGUGAAGACCGAGAUCAGUGUGGAGAGUAAACACCAGACUCUGCAGGGCCUGGCUUUCCCACUGCAGCCUGAUGCGCAGCAGGCCAUCCAGUUGUUAAAGCAGAAGAAAAUUAAUUACAUCCAGCUGAAACUGGAUCUCGAGCGGGAGACUAUAGACCUGGUCCAUACAAAUGCCACGGAGCUAGCAGACCUCCCCAAAAGGAUCCCCCAGGACUCCGGUCGCUAUCAUUUCUUCCUGUACAAGCACUCUCAUGAGGGAGACUACCUGGAGUCUGUGGUGUUCAUCUAUUCCAUGCCUGGGUACAAGUGCGGCAUUAAGGAGCGUAUGCUGUACUCCAGCUGCAAGAGCCGGCUGCUCGACACUGUGGAGCAGGAGUUCUCCCUGGAGAUUAUAAAGAAGAUCGAGAUUGACGAUGGAGCCGAGCUGACUGCAGAGUUCCUGUAUGACGAGGUCCACCCCAAGCAGCACGCCUUCAAGCAGGCGUUCGCCAAGCCCAAGGGCCCCGUGGGGAAACGGGGACAGAAGCGACUGAUCAAAGGGCCGGGGGAGAACGGCGAGGACAGUUAGAUCCCAAAGGGCAGGAAGCCGGGUCAAGAAUAGGCCUGUGAACUUCCGAUGGCGCCCAGAAGGGCCGUUUCCACAGGAUCCACGUCUCCACUUCCGAGCCUGCCCGCUGAGCCCGGAGAGGCUUUCCCUCCCUCUCUUCUUUAGUAAAAUCAUCAACACCUGGCUUCAUUUGGCGGGGGGGGGGG